CGGCGGGGGAGGGCGGGCAGUCCGUCCGUCAGCUGAGCGGGGCCGCCGCCGCCAUGGGCGCGCCGUGAGGGCUGCUUCAGAGAUGUCCAACAAGUUGAAGGGCCGUCCUGCUGAAAAUGGAGAGCAUUCCAAGAGUAAAAUGGAAAAUGGAGUGGACAGCAUGGCUGCCUCAGCCCUUAACACCUACACCCCAGAAGAGAUGGUGCAGCAGAUGAAAGAACUAAUCACYGAGAACAAUGAGUUAAAAGAAGCCAUGAAGUUGCACAACCAAGCUAUGAAGGACCGAUAUGAGGAACUUUCUACCUGGAGAGAGAAGCAGAAAGAAGAACGAGAAUUUUAUGAAUUAAAGUUUAAGGAGGCGAAGCAGUGCUUGCAGGCCAAGUGCAUUGAAAAUGAACAACUACAGCAGCAACUUCAGAGCUUAAAGGAAAAAGAAGGAGCUGAAAUAGAGGGUUGCACGGCUCCUGAGAAGGAAGUGAGGCAGCUGAAGUCSCAGGUGCAGCGGCUCCAGGCUGAGAAAGCAGAUCUACUCGCCAUCAUUUCAGAGCUACAGSUCAAGCUGAACAUCUCAGCAGAGGAUUCCUUUGUGGAGAUUGGGAUGAAUGAAGGAGAAAUAAAUAGAACUACAAAGGAACAUCAAGAGAAUAGUGAUGAAAUACCCAGUAAUGUUGCUGUGUAUAUCAGGAGCAAAUCUUCAGAUGAAUCUAAGAAUUUGGAGUCUGAGGAGCUAACUGUGAGCCAGCUGCUCUGCUGCCUUAGAAAUGAAACUCAGAAGAGUGAAAAACUUGAGAAGGAACUUCAGGAUCACAAAGAGAGACUCUCAAAGCUGGAGAAGGAAACCAGAAACUGCCUGGAGAGUGGGACACAAACUGAGCAGGAAGAAGAGAGUUCAGAAGCUGUUGGCAGUGAAGUAGAAACUCUGAAUCUGCAAGUUUGUGCUCUUUUUAAAGAGCUUCAGGAAGCCCAUGAGAAGUUAAAAGAAGCAGAAUUGAUUCAGAAGAAACUACAAGAAAAGUGUCAGGUACUGGAAAGAAAAAGCUUGGCUGCUGCGUCAGAAUUGGAGGAGAAGCAGCAGCUGAUAUACACCAUCAAGAAGCUGGARCUCCAGGUUGAGAGCAUGCAGGCAGAGGUCAAGCUGGAACAAGCCAAGACACAUGAGGAAAAGGCAAGAUACAAUAACCUGCAGGAUUCAUAUAGCAAGCUCCUUCCUGAACUCACUGAGGCAAUGAAAAAAAUUGAUGAAAUGAAACUCAAAGAGCUAGACAGAGUGGAUAAAGCUAUAGUGGAACAACUGACRGCAAAGGUGGAGUUGGCAGAACAAGCCCUUGCUGCAAAGCAGCUCCAGAUAGAUGAAAUGAAGCAGAUAAUUGCUAAACAAGAGGAGGACCUUGAAACUAUGUCUGUGCUCCGUGCUCAGAUGGARGUUUAUUGUUCUGAUUUCCAUGCUGAGAGGGCAGCAAGAGAGAAGAUCCAUGAAGAGAAGGAGCAGUUGGCUGUCCAGCUGGCRUACUUGCUAAAAGAGCAGCAAAACCUUGAAGAUCUUGGACGGACCUCUCUGGCGGAGAUGCAGAGUCGCCACGGAGCCAGGAUGCCGGAUCGAGAGCACUCACCUCACCUUGUCCAAAGAGGAACUAAUAGUCAAGACUGGCCAGAGCAGCGGAAUAUUUCAGUUUAUUCAUGUCCUAAAUGUGAAGAAAUUCUACCUGAUUUGGACACACUUCAGAUUCAUGUUAUGGACUGCAUCAACUGAGUGAAGCUCUCCAAUACUUCAUCUUCUGGAAUUUCACCUGCCAAACACUUKGGGUUUUUUUCCUUCUUGCUCAAMAAAUGCUCAGCUCUUAUGUCCUAUGAAGGAGGUUUUCAGGGAUUUUCUCAUUAAUUCAAUGGGAAAAGGGUAAAACUCUUCCCCUGCCCUGUAGYCACUAAUCUUGUUGUAAUCUGCUUUAGGGAAGGAGUUUAGAUAGGAGUGUAGAUUAACAACAUGGAUGUGCUACAGAACUCGCAGUGUGUCUGCUGCUAUGAAACCUUUCAGGAACAUUCCCCUGAAGUGCUCUGCUCUAUGGCUACUCUGCAGAAUGGGGCUGAAUCAUUGAAGUUGGAAGAGAGAUGAGCUAUUUGCUGAUCAACUCAAAGUACUGUGAGCCUGUGAAUACUUMAUCUCUCAUAUACUAUAUACCAGAAAAGUAAUGCACAAAAAAAGCUGUGUGAGAAGCUUUCAGCAAAAUGGAAUAGUGCUGUAUUCAUUGAGCAUUUGAAGUGAACGCUGCUCUUUCUCCAGAUGGCAGUUUUAUUGCUGCCRUUGUGACCAUACUAAUCUGAUGUUAAAUUUUUGAUGGCUUAUGUAACUUCUUGCUUUAGCCAGAUGUGGGUAAGAUUUAAAACAGAUCCGCUAGGUCUGAUAUAUGUAGCUCCUGGUGUACUCAAGUCACUUGGUUUUAUAGAACUGUUAAUUUUUAAGAUAUUGACUUAAUUUUUCUUUAUUAUAAUAAAAACAUUUGACCCUGUA